AUGUGCGCACAGGAGAAGGCAGCAUCAUACGCGUGUUUGGAUCGCAAUGCCUACGACCGCACCAAAUGCACUGCCUUUUUCGAUGCAUACAAUGAGUGCCGCAAGCGUUGGCAAAAGGCUCGCUCCAAACUCCGCCAGAAGGAGAAUGACAAGAUUGGGCUGUUUGGUAUUCGCACGGACGACGAAGAUUCGGCCACAGCACCCGCCAAAGAUGCGGGACAGAGAUGA